UAAAUUAAGAUAUAAACCAAAGCUUUAGGUUGAAGAGGGGGCAGUGUGUAACUUCCUGUCCUUUUAAUGGCUUAUAAAACCUAAAGUGUAACAAACGAACAAGGGCUUAACCACGUCAUACAAGUUGAGUUAAUGCACGUUUUCUCCUGAUGAUGACGUAACAGUGUUAUGAGUAUGUAAACUAAGAUGCAAAGAACAUAAGCUUAGAUUCACCGUAUAGGCACCACGUAUGUUAAUUGUUUAAAUUUUAGAAAAGUAGAUACAGUUUGUGAUCGAACACAACAGUUUUAAACAGAAUGAUAAACAUUUGGACGUCAUGUUAUGUCUUCCUACUCGCAAGCGUUGUGUUGGCACAGUCAAACAGACACAGGCCAGCUUCGUGCAAUAUAGAUAUGACCUCGUACGACGGUACAAUAACGUUUCCCGAAAACCCGGGAAAAUAUCCGAAAAAUACCGAAUGUACUUGGACGUUCCCAGCCAGUGGAAACCAAGUCCUCGUGUUUUCAAUCGAAAAGUUGGAUAUUAAAAAUAAACCAAAUAAAUGUGACGAUGGACUACAACUACCUGAUAACACAGUUCUAUGUCGUAGGCCUCGGUCUUUACCCCAAUGUAAAAUGUUCGCAUCCCAAAGCAACAGCGUACAAAACUGCGGCAUCACCAUUCCACCCGAUGCACGCGGUACCGGUUGCACCUAUAGCACGCCUAUUCGAUUUACAUCCACUUGGCCGAAUCCAAAAUUGCGGUUUUACUCAAACAAUGACAAAGAAAGAGGAACAGGAUUCAGAUUAAGAUAUUUUAUCAUUAACUGCUUAGCAGCAACAACAACAACAACAACAACAUCGACGACUCGCACGAUUUCAACGACAGCCAGGUAUACCACGAUACAGACAACGGAAACGGCCGGCGCGGUGAGUUAUAAAACGACGGCCGAAAAUAUGAAUAACGUCACAACAGCAACAACAGUAACAACCAAUCAAAUGCCAAUUACGACUGACGUCAUGAACAUAACUGGCAAAGGUCACGUGUUACAACCAGGCAACUCCCAAUUAUUGGUUGGAUUAAUUACGGGAAUUCUUUCAGUGAUUCUUAUAUUGGUCGCAGUUAUAAUUUGCUGGGUGGUUUUAAACAGCAGACGAAAAGAGAACACGACGAUGGACUCUGAAAACAACACAGGUGUAUCUGAAUGCCCCGGUACUGUUGUUUACGCUACACCUGAUGAUGACUAUGCACUUGCACAAGAUGUGCCGCCGCACGAUGUCGCUAUGUAUGAGAUUUGCUCCCCGGAUGGAGGGGCAGGGUAUGGAACGAUAGACAAUGUAUUAUAUGGAAAGAAUGAAGGCGAUUACGCUGUAAUAGAGGACGGUAACGAAAACCAUACCACGGAUAAUACAUUGCCAGAAAUGGUGGUGAACCAGUUGUACACAAGUGUGUAACAACGUGUAGGGACUUAUGUAGAACACAACAUGUUACAUAAUCUAAUUGUUCUCGAUUUUUUUAUAUUUUUGCUGUUUUUCAUGGUUUACUGUUUUACAUGCGAUUUUUUUAUAUUAUUUGAUACUUGAAGCUAUUCCUCAUGGACUUGUUCUCUAUAUAUUUGUAACUACCGAUUUCAUUUAUUUGUUGAACAAUAUACGUACAUCAGAUCA